AUGGAAGCCUCUACCAAGAUUCCGAGGCCGGUGGCCGUGGACAUAGAGAUCCAGCCUGCGGAUCAAGGUAGCCUUGCAAGCGAUGGACCAAGUACAGUGAAGGAUGAUGGUGAUAUGCAGCGAAUGGGAAAGGUCCAGGAGUUCAAGAGAAAUUUGCGGCCUAUGGCGGCACUGACUUUUGCUUCCGUCUUGCAAGCAACAUGGGAGUAUAUCUUGAUUUCAAAUUAUGAGGGACUGGAAAACGGAGGACUGCCGGGCAUGUUCUGGGGCUACAUGUGGACCUUCAUUGGGUUCAGCUUCAUCAUCGCCUCAAUCUCUGAAAUGUCAUCGAUGGCGCCGACCUCUGGCGGACAGUACCAUUGGGUGUCUGAGUUUUCCUCGCCUCGAUACCAAAAGUUCCUUAGCUACAUUACAGGUAUCUCGUGCACCCUCGAGAUCUGCUGGAUGUCAGUUCUGGCCUGGCAAGCUGGGACAGCUUCUGGCUCAUAUCUUACAGGAACAAUAAUCCAAGGCCUGAUCAGUGUUCGAAACCCAGACUAUGAACCCCAGAACUGGCAAGGGACUCUGUUUGUCUUUGCGAUGGUUUUGGUGAUCUACAUUUUUAAUGUCUACGUGUCUGAUUCGAUGGAGAUUCUCAGUAACCUAUUGAUGCUGCUUCAUGUUACAUCCUGGGCGGUCAUUUUGAUCAUUCUUUGGGCCAAAGCCCCCCACCAAUCUGCGGAGGCUGUGUUUGCUACGCAAUGGGAAAACUUCGGGGGUGGCUCCGAUGCAGCUGCACACAUGUCCGAAGAAGUCAAGGAUGCAGGCCGAAGCGUGGCUGUCGCCAUAUUCUGGGGCUAUCUGCUGAAUGGUAUCAUGGCAGCUAUUUUACUAAUCACUUAUCUUUUUGCCACUCCAUCUGUGGAAGACUCGCUAAAUGACGCUACUGGGUUCCCCUUCCUCUACGUCUUCAAACAGGCCACUUCAACGGCAGGCGUGAAUGGUCUCGCAGCGAUCGUUUUACUGCCCGUUAUUUUCAGUAAUAUUCUAUUUAAUGCCGCAACAUCUCGUCAGACCUUCGCUUUUGCUCGUGAUAACGGUCUUCCAUUCUCUCGGUGGAUAGGGAAAAUUGAUAAAAAACGCCAGAUUCCGAUAAAUGCCAUUGCUCUUUCCUGCACUAUCAGCUGUGCACUUUCCCUCAUCAAUAUCGGGUCCGAGACUGCUUUCAACGCUAUCAUCUCACUCAAUGUAGCCGCGUUGAUGUAUACUUACAUUAUCUCAAUUGGGUGUGUCAUCUACCGAAAGAUCUGGCAUCCCGAAUCCCUUCCGCCCCGUCGUUGGAAUAUGGGACGAUGGGGCUUGGCUGUCAACAUAAUCGGACUUUUAUAUUGCUGUUUCGCUCUUUUCUGGUCGCUGUGGCCUAGCGAUCUCCCAGUAACCCUGGACAACUUUAAUUGGAGUGUGGUCAUUUUCGGAGGAGUCUUCAUCAUCAGCCUUGCCAUGUAUUUGAUCAAGGGACGGAAAGAGUAUUCUGGUCCCGCAGCUAUCGUGCGAAGAUGA